CCCGGCCGCCAUCUUUGACAUGCGCAGUGUCAGCGCAGCUUUGUUGCUCUUGAACGCACCCUCCAACGGAAUUGUGGGAACGACAAAGAUGGCGGGACGUUCGAAAGUUCAGCCGACUGGCGGAAUGAACCGCAAAAUAAACUUCAAGUAACAAAACGGAGUUCAGUUUAAACCCGCAGACUGUGGACCGGCUCCCCGCGGGCCGCUCCUCAGGUGACCGCCGGUAGGUAACGAUGAACGGCGGCUUCAGGAGGUUCGACCGCCCGCCCGGUGUGACAGGAUCCCCGCUGCAGACUCAGGUCACCCCGUCAAAACCGAACCGACUGAGCCGGAGCUUCAGGCGGAGUCAGCAGGCCCGAACAGCGGCGGAGGUGGACUCUCCGAGGAGCCACCAACCGGGUCAGCCACCGUGUUUGUCUGCCUCUAUCUCAGAUUUUAAGACCCCGACCAGAAUCCCGAGGUCCAGAUCAGGAGGCGUGUUCAGCGGAGAGUCUCCUCACAACGACUCGGACUUUCAGCAGGACAUCAUCUGGGACGCCACGUCUCCUUCGCCCAGCAGACGCGGAAAAAGAGGAAAGAAGCAGCGUCCUGGAGUUGUGGACAUCUCAGAGAUCGUCAGCCGGAUCGCUCCAAAGCACGGCCGGCCGGAGGUUGCAGAGCCGACAUUACAGCAGUGGAUCGGAGACAGCGCCACGAUUCCCUGCACGCCUGAUGUUCAAGGUCCCAAACCCAAGAAGAAAUCCCCGAGGCCGAACGGAGUGGACGACCUGCUGAAACUGGCCAAGCAGUUCGACUUCAACAUGUUUCAUCAGGAUGAAGAAGACGUGGAGGAGCUGCACCAGCAGAGCCUGGAGCUCCUGCCGGAGGACAUCUUGGAUCUGGAGAACAACUUUUCGCCUUCACUUCCUGGAAACUGUGAACGAGCCGUGAAGGCGGCAGCUGGGACGAACGUUCAGGUCCAACCGGAUCAACACAUGGAGGACGAUUUGGACUUUCUGUUUGACGGACCGACACAACACGUGAGCGGAAAUUUAAGUCAGGUGGCGUCACAAGUGAAACCGGCUUCCUCCUCACACGGUUCCGCUCAGACGAACACUAAAGCCACUGUGGCAAACCACUUUGAGGACGACUGGGAAAACGACGACCUGCUCGACGACUCGUUGGUGUUGGAGAUGACACAAAAUCCACAGAUGUUUGCUGCUCCGAAGCACAGUUCAACCCAGAAACCAUCCAGAGAAGGUCCGGUUCAUGCUCCUGUCAGAGGACUCGGCCAGUCACACAAAGUGGAGAAGGACGACGUGAGACAAAGAACGACCUUCAAACUGGAGUCUAAUCCUAAUUUCUCUGUCAGACGACUCCAGACGAACACGUGGACAAAGUCGAAGGUGGAUUACAGCUCAGACACAAAUCAGAAAGACUCUCAGCAGAGUAAAAGUGCUUCAGUCAGCGCAGGAUCUCAGCGCUCCUGGCAAACACCGAGCACGGUGAAGUCAGAACCACAGAAACCACAGUUUCACCCAAGACCGUCUGUUUCAGGAUCAGGUACCAAACACAGCACGUCUGCAUCGAACACGUCGGAUGUAAAAACAGGUCAGAACUUCCCACAAAGACCCGCAGCAGUUUCCUCUCACAGCGGGGAGCUCGCCGCCGCCGACCUGCUGGACGACGACCUGCUGGCAUUCUUCUCGGAGGACCCGGUUUGGGACGACCCAGCUGACGACGACCUGCUGUGUGAGAUGUGUGAAGACGUGGAGAACCAGCUCCAGAACGUUCCUGCCAAACAGACUCUUCCUGUGGUUCACGUGUCGAACCAGAGAGCUGCUCUGCAACCAGCCAAUCAGCAGCACUUUCCCCAGAAACAAGCAGCGACCGCCCUCACCUGGGCGUCAGGUGCAGCAGCUGGCAGCUCGCCGGCGGCUGGUUUCGUCUCUGACUUCACUGCAGGUGCACAGACGAAGGAUUCGUUCAGAGUCCCACAAACUAAAACCGGUUCAGGAUGUGUGCCGGGGAGCAGCCGAGUCCAGUCAGCACCGCCGGGACACGCCCACAAAGACCGGUUCACCUUCAAGAGGCCAAACGACCCGGUUCAGACAGCGACCAGCAAAGUCGUGGGGAAAUGUUCGGCAGCAGAGAUCGAGCUGAAGAAGCAGCAGGCGAUGGAGAGACGGCGACACCGACUUCAGGCCGCCCAGAACCUUCGAGCUCCGACCUGACGGGCCAAUCGGCUCCUCGACGGCGACGAACCCGCAGAGCUGAGCGACGUCUCGCUUCACCUGCCUGAAGGUGAAACCAGACAAACUGCUGACAGCCGCUCGGUUUUACAGCAGAACAAACUUCUGACGACUCUGUGAGAGAAAACAUGUCGACCAGCUCCAACAACAUUUCUUGUACAGAGACAAUCUUGUAAAAUUAAAUUGUACAUGUGCUGUAAAAUGUUUAUGUCGUGCUUCUGUUCAGUUCUGGGUUUUUUUGAUAUGAGUCGUGAUUCUCCAGAUCUACAGCGUCAAAACAGAAACUUGUUCCACACAUCGAUCCUCCUGAUUUCUAUGAUCAGAAUGAAAAAUUCACUUUGAUCGGUUUCUGUUUUCAAUUUUAGAUUGUGUCGCUCCGAGGCUUUAAAGAAGAAGUUCAGCAUUUUGGGAAAUAAGUUUAUUUUCUCUCUUUCCAAAAGUGAGAUCAGAAGCUGUCAGGAUGUGAUUAGCCUAGCUUAGCAUAAAGACUGGAAAUGCAGGAGAAACAACUCUGAAGAUAUUUGAUUAACAGGAAACUUUAAAAUACAAAUAGCUUCCAGAUGUGAUUCACUCUGAGUGAUUUCCUGUCAGCACAGAAGAAAAAGAAACAAACAUUUUACUAAAACUUAGAUUUAUUGGCACAGAUUUUAAAAACUCAUCCUCAGAUUUAAGAACGAUGGUCAAAGAUUCUGUCUGAACUCUGCUGGAGGUAAAUUAAAUCCAGGUCAUGUCACAAAACCAUCUUCUCAUCUCACUCACGGACAGAAAAUAAAUGUUUUACCCAAAACGUUGAACUGGUCCUUUAAUUCCAGAUUAUAUCACAACAGAUAAAACUUCUCGUCAGAUUCGAGAUUCUUCUGAAAGAUGCAGAACUCGUUUAAUGUUUCUCAUUUAGCAAACUACAAACUGAAGUCGGCUUUAGCUCCGAGUUCGUGCUAAGCUAGGCUAACUCCACGCUGCUCGGCUCACAGUAGGAGUGUCUCGGAUUACGUACUGUCCCUUUAAGAUGUUCUGUCCGGUUUAUUUCUUGUUUCUGUUUCGAUCAUGAACACGAGCAGUUUGUUUUCUGCUCUUUUCUCCUUUUAAUCACUUUAUUUUCUUUAAAGCACUUUAACUGAUUUCAAAGUGUUUUGAUAAUAAAACUUUUAUUGUCGA